GUCUGGAGGAAUUACUUUAAUAUCGUCUACGGAAGUGUCCUCGCAGUGGUGAUGGUUGCGUGAAGGAGGGUCUAGUCGGCUAAAGAGCGCCGCAGUGUAAUGGUGGGAGUGAUGAUAUUCCAGCAAGUCUCAGUCUCCAGAUGCAUGCUGACAUCCUGGCACCGUCACUCACGCUACUGUUUUAAAAGUCAUUGAGAGAAGGACAGUUUCCUGCGGCAAUGAAGGUGGGUGACAUACGGCCUCUGUUCAAGGCUGGUGACCCCAGCCAACCCAAGAAUUACCAACCAGUCUCCCUAUUGCCGAUAGUGUCGAAAGUGCUUGAACGUAAUCAGUGUUCAUAAGCAGCUUCUGCAGUACCUCAACACGAACAACUUUCUUGCCUACUACUCGUAGUCAGUUUGGUUACAGACACCAGCAUUCCACAGCAGAUGCCUUAGCGCUAGCUGUAGAGAAUAUCAAUGACGCACAAGCCGCCGGGCAGCACACCGGAGUGGUAUUUGUCGACAUGUCGAAAGCCUUCGACAAGAAAUGGCUUCAUCCAAAUUAAUCCCGAAGACGUUCCUGAAGCACGAUUUCAAUUGCGUGAAGAUUUUGCACAAGCCACAUAUGUUCAAGACGAGCAAUCCUGUAAUCAACCUGGACAAUGAUGACUGGAUACUACCCGAGGAUGCCGUGCUUGACCAGUUUGGACUGGUGAAUGAGACAGAGUUGACGUUCUUCAAUCGUGCAGACUAUGAGCAGUACAAACUCAACCCUGUGCACAAAACAGCAUAGAUGCCAGGUGGAGUAGCAACGGCGGACAGUGGGCCUGCUGUUUCAGCAUCUCUACCAGGCCAACAAGGAACGGAUGGAGGCAAGCUGCAGGGCCUGGCUGAUAGUACGGGUGCCAGUGCCAAAAACUUUCAAUUCAAACGCCUCGACUCGGUGUACCCUGAUUCCUCUCGACAAGAGUGCCUACACCAGUCAUUCGGCUAAGGAGCCAGUCUUGGUGGCACAUCACUGCCAGUCUACAUGUUUCCGAUAGGAGCCGGCAGUUCGAGCAUGGUCGAUGCUUGCCCAGACCCAUUAUCUAGCGUAUCCCCCAGCACCAGUGGGGACCUAUGGGUGGUGCUGCAGCUGCACAUCAAACCAACCUAUAGGCUCUAUGCCUGUAAGGACAGUGACAGGGAGUGAGUGUUGAGCUACUCAGGAGUACCAUGUAAAUUCCUGUAAGGGCAGUCAGUUUUCAGCGCAACUCGCAAGUGGCAUUCUACAGUCGCUUGCUGAUGGCGUAUUUCCACAGGCUAGUGAUCUGCCAAUACGGUGUGUACCGGUAAUAGUUACGAAGUCUGAAGUCGUUGUACGGCCAUCUGGCAUGCACAGCUCAUUUUUGUUGUUGUGUUGGCCCUGCAGACUCUUUCACUGUAUCUGUUUUAAAAACAAGCCAGAUAUUCUCAAAGCACAUGUGAUGCUACAUGUGAUGCUACAUGUGAUGCUACAUGUGAUGCUACAUGUGAUGCUACAUGUGAUGCUACAUGUGAUGCUACAUGUGAUGCUACAUGUGAUGCUACAUGUGAUGCUACAUGUGAUGCUACCUUGUUCUGGCUAACUUUACCUUCUUCUUUUUUUUUAAUUCUCAGAACUACCCCAGUGCACAAUGUGUCAUGUACAGUUCUUCAUUGCUACUGUAUCUUGUAUUCACCAGAAAGACACGUUGGUAUGUACCAGUACUGAUCAUGUCAUUCAUAUUGUACAUGAUUUAUCUUUUCUAGUCACGCUUGCUGCAUAGCUUCUGGCAGGUGAUGGAGAGAUAACAGUUAAAUGAUAAGUUUACCUUUCCACGGACGUAAUAAAAACGAACUUAGACUCGUUGGAGCAACCAACGUAAUAAAAACAUUGAUUAAAACAA